CAGGGGCGGACUGACCAUUUGGAAACUCAGGCAUUGCCCGAGGGCCCGGGGUCAGUAGGGGGCCCCUUGAGAUGCCUCUGGUACCUUUUUUCAUAGACUUUUUUGAGUUUGGGCAAGGACACAGGGGCCCCAUGAUCCCCUAUUGCCCGGGGGGCCCAUGAGUUGUCAGUCCGCCCCUGAUACUUAUCAAUGCCCAUCAGUGCCACCUCAUCAGGGGCCAUCAGUGCCGCCUCAUCAGUGGCCAUCAGUGCCGCCUCAUCAGUGC